GUUUCUUUUGUCCAAAGAAGGUAAAAGACAAGGUUUUCACAUUGCAGAUCAAGGUUUUCAUAUCUCAUUAAUCUUCUUCCAAGUUCAAUCCCACCAGCCUCCCGAUUUCCAAGACUCUUACCUAUCAUCUUUCUGAUUAUAGAGAGGUGAUUUAGCUUGAAUUUACGCCCAACUUGCUAUUUUCUCCGAGGUCGGAGACAAGCGCUUUGGAUCUGGAGAUCAGGAAAUGUUCUAAAAUCUCCCUCAAUUACGCUCUUGGGCUCUUGAUUUUAGACUUGGCGGAAGGCAACACUGAUUAAGAGAGGAAAAAUUUAAAUAUGUCGGCACUCUUCAAUUUCCACUCCUUUCUGACGGUAGUGCUGCUAGGGAUUUGUACAUGCACUUAUGUGAAGAUGCAUUUUCCUGCACUUCUUGAACAGAGAACUGGGUUUCGAGGUUUCUUUUGGAAGGCUGCUAGAAUAGGUGAACGUUUGAGUCCAUGGGUGGCUGUGGGCUGUUUGACGAUGGGUGUUUCAAUAAUCUUCUUCUGACAGAACAAACUGUUUGAACUCAAGAAAGUACAAUCUCAGCUAGGAGUAAAUUAUCAGUUGAUUUUGCUUUUUCAUCAAAUGCUUUCUUUGAUUAAAGGAUGACACCAAGCUUGAUGUGAGACCAAUUCCUGCUUUCCUUGAUCACUACCUGGAUCGUGAACUGAGUUUUAGCGAGUAAAAUCUUUGUACUGUGAUGAGAAGGUUGGAAUCUGUAUUGUCUUUUUUAGCACUCAGAAUUUUACUGUACGUGGUAAUAGCUGAGUCUACAAAUAGAAAUCAAGAAGUCUGAUGCGGUCAUGUAUUUGUUUGAAUUGAUUAUCAUAUGUCCAUUAUUUGCGUGGUCUA